UGCGUUUUGGCUACGUAACAAAUCAGAUAAGAAUUGGCCAGAAUCCGGCAGGGAGUGCACGCUUCACCGGAGUGCUUCUUCCCAAUUCACAAUUUCACAUGCUCGGGUAAACGGUGUGGAGCAUGCCCCGCAUUGUAUUGGAGCAUUUUACGAUAAGCACAACUUCCGAGUUCCGACCUUCGAGCAGAGACUCUCCUCUGGUUGAUAAGGCUCCUUGUGGUCAGUCGUCGUUGACCAUCUGAUGUCAGCGAAACUCAACAGAAAACCUGAGGUUCCGAAUUGUCGGGUGCGUCAAGGCGCCUCUAUGCUACCUUGACGUGCAAUUUUGCGGCCCAGUUCACCACUCGCACACCACCAGUAUCUGGCUGUUUUGGAUGCUCCGAAUGGACCAAUGCCAACAUGUCUCCAACUUGCAUCCGCCCAGCGUCUCAUCGAGUUUGAUUGGAUUGUUAUGCUUCGCGAAGCAGCCAACUGUGGUCGGCUGCCAGACAGCUGUAUCAAAACGUCGCCAAGGAGCGGUCAGGGUUCUACUCCGUACAGGAGCAUCGCAUCUCGAGCGCAUGAACGCGCUGGGGACGAGAUGGUCCAAUUCUGAUGAACCGAUGCAUCUGCCCCAAGGUAGACCCCUAAAACAAAAGACGAAAAUAGCCGUCAGCCCCUUUUCAUCGGCUGGUUGUUUACUUAUCUGCACAUCGAUGCUCUCCUACCUGAACCAAAACAAAAUGGCUCGGUCAAGCCCCAAAACACCAGCCCCCAAACCCAACGCGGAUGAGUCGAGUUCCAAACCGCUCCCCGCCGACCCCGAGGAUCUCGUCGUCCCCCUCCAGCGCCCGGGUACCUCCGGCACAGAAGCAGCGCUCAAGAUGACGACGCGCCAGGCCUCCCAGCGGCUCCGUCAGGCUGAGCGUGCCGAGCGCGCCUACAGGGCCAGGAAGCGCUCGGCCGCGGCGCGGGCCAACUGGGCUUCGUCCAAGGACAAUUUCCGCCAGGCCAAGGAGCACUUCGCCCUGGGCGUCAAGCUCAUGGUGGCCGUCGUCAAGGGCGCGCCGUACGUGGUCCGCGAGAAGCAGGAAGCCAGGAGAGCAAAGAGGGACGAGGCCAAGAGGAAGAAGGUGGAGGAGAAGAGGAGGAAGCUGGAAGAGAAGAUUGCUGCAGUCACUGCCGCCGAGAGGAGCGAAGCGGAGCGAGAGAGCGACGGGGAGGGGUUGGCGAAGGAGGGUUGAGCUGCUGGGGCGAGGCAUUCAAGGUUGUGGAGGGUUGGACUUGAUACCCAGGAAGAGGAGGAUGGGAGGGACACACACUUCACUCACUUACCAACACUUUUCCUAGCCUUUCUGUCUGUCUUUGUUUUCUCCAUUUCUGUGGCCGACGUUGGGUUGGAACCAUCCACUCCAAGCUACGGCAUCGGAUCUGACACACUCACUCGAAGCCCCCUGAUAUUCGGGCCGCCCUUCUCUCACCAAAUUCUUUUAUUUGUCUUGUUCGCAUCUUUCACAUGCAUAAUACCCCUUUCUAAGUCCUAAUGGCUUGACGAGGCAUGAUCACGGCUUACGACGGGGACAUCACGGCUGGUUGAUCCUUCUAGACGGACAGGGCUGGGUUCAUCUAAACGGGGGGAUAGGCCUGCUUUUCUGUGGUUCCUCGCAAUGCCGCAUGCUUCUUUUCUUUCAUUCUGGUGUUUUCGCUUUCUCCUGUUUGAUUCAAUGCCUCACAAGAGGAU